CGUAUAUAUAGGUGAUAACACGCUAUGAAAUGUACUUCUACGUGAUCGGGUGUGCUCGUUCAGAUCCCUUUUUCCACCAUGACGGUCAAACAUGACCAGGCGACGACAGAGUCGCCGCUGGGCCCAGGACAGCAUGGCGAUGGUAGAGGCCAUCUCCGUGUUCAAGGAGAGAAAGUAGACGUCUCGAUUAUGAAAGAAAAGAUUGUUUUUCCUUUCUCGGGCAAGGUGGCGCCGAACAGGUUCCUGAAGGCGCCCAUGACUGAGCGACUAUGUCCUUGGCCCGAGAACCACGCAGAAGACCUAUUGGCUCGUGGUGUUCCUGGCGAGGAUAUGAUCCGGCUCUACGAGCGAUGGGGCGAGGGAGGCAUUGGCGUGAUUGUAGGGGGCAACCUCAUGGUCCGUCACGAUGCCGUGGAAGCGUUCGGUAAUCCUAUCUUCGUUUCCAAUCAUGACGGACGCCUAGAGCAGUACAAGAAAUUAGUCAAGGCGGCAAAGGCCCACGGUUCACUGUUUAUCGCGCAGCUCAGCCACGUAGGACGACAAGGCGGCAAAGCACUGAAUCCGAAUCCUGUUAGUGCCAGUGAUGUGCAGUUGAAAAUCAAAUGGGCGGGUAACGAGUUUGCCAAACCACGAGCGUUGGAGGUCGACGAAAUCAAAGAGAUUGUAGGAAACUUUGCAGACUCGGCGUUCUGGUGUUGGAAAGCGGGAUAUGAUGGAGUAGAGCUUCACUGCGCACACGGCUACCUGCUGGCGCAGUUCGUGUCUCGAACGACAAAUCUCAGGACGGAUCAGUAUGGAGGUAACCUUGAGAACCGUUCUCGAAUCGUCUUCGAGAUUAUUGACGCAAUACGGGAGAAAGUCACCGAUCCGACGUUCUCAAUCAGCGUCAAGAUCAACUCGGUUGAAUUUCAAGAUGGCGGCACCACACCCGAAGACUGCAAAUUUCUAUGCGUCAAGUUUGAACAAUAUGGCGUUGACUUUGUGGAAUUGUCGGGUGGAACCUUCGAAGCACGUGCAUUCGAGCACAAGAAGGAAAGCACCAAGAAGCGCGAGGCGUACUUCAUUGAGUUUGCCGAGAUGAUCCGUCCACAUCUCAAGAAGACCGUUGUGUAUGUCACUGGUGGCUUCCGUUCAGCCGCUGGUAUGGUGAGAGCGGUUGAGAGCGGAGCUUGUCACGGCGUUGGCAUUGGCAGGCCACUCGCAGCCGAGCCUUAUCUGUGCAAGGAGAUUCUUGAGGGCAAGGUCGAUGGCGCUCUAGAAAACUUUGUGCCUCUACCGCUGAACACGCAAUCAAGUGGCACGCAGCUUCACCAAAUCGGCAAAGGCGAGGAGGCGAUCAGCGACUGGAGUGUCGAAGAAGAGGUACAACGUUGGAUCGAGGCAAACGAAGCGGAGACACAGAGGAAGAUCAGCGUUUUGCCCAAGGUCGACAGCUCUGGCUUUGCAGCCUUGGAGCCGAAAUACGCAUUCAAAUACCGGAAAUCUUGAUAGAAAGUACAAGUAGACGAUUAUGAUGAGACACGUG